UAACUAAAUUCAAAACAAACUAAAAUAACAACCUUUCAUUGCUCUAUCUCCAUUACUAAAAAAUGAAACUUCAACUCAAUCUUCAACACUCUAAUCUUCCAUUACUCCUUCAACUCAAGCACAAAUCACCUAUUAAAAAUCCAAGAUUUCCAUAUGUCAAAAGAGAAAUUUACCAGCUAGAAAAAAGUAGCAUAGUGAAACCAUUAGCUUCAAGAACAAAUCUUUGGCAUAGUGAGAUAUCUGAGUCUAUUGAAUUUUCAAGAACUGAAAUUUCCAAGAAAAUCUCAAAUCUUUUGGUGCUGGGAGCUGUUUCUGUUGGUGUGGUGUUGUUUUUGAUGGGGUUUGAUGAUAAUCAGGCAUUAGCUUUGGGUCCUGAAGGUCCAUUAAUGGAAGAAUUUUGGGAUAAUAUGAGAAGAUAUGGUCUUUAUGCAUUGACAGUUAGUACUGGAGUUCUUUGGGCUGUUUUUCAACCUAUUUAUGAACUUUUGAAGAACCCCAUUUCUGCUAUUUUGAUCUUGACUAUUAUGGGUGGAAGUGUUUACAUUGUGUCUCAGGUUGUAUCAGCUAUGGUUGGUAUUACUGAUUUUAGCUAUGAUUAUAACUAUUAGUUUGAGUUUUGUUUACGUAUAAAAUGGCCGGUGCACUAAAGCUUCCACUAUACCGGAUAAGAGUCUGUUUCCACGGCUUGAACCCGUGUUUAUGUAUAAUGCUCAAGUACAAUUAGUUUUAUAUAUUGGCUUAGACUACUUGUGCUGCAUUUAUGUUUUAGUGUACUUUCUUGAUUGUUGCACUGUUGAGAUAGUCAUAUUUGUGUGUGUGAA